UUCUAUACAUCUUUCUCUGCUAGCUAGCUUUUUUAUAUUGAGUAACCGCCUCGCGCUAUUAGCGCUUAUCCGCUUCUCGCCUGCUUCAUAAAAUAAAACAGGGUCCCAAUCCGCGCCUCGGCGCCCCACCGCUUAACUCUGCGCUUUUUGCAUUCCGCUUCUUUCUCGCCCUUGCGCUAUUCGCAUCCCGCUUAAUGCACUUGCGCUAUUCGCCUCUCCUUUCUCGCUCUUGCGCUAUUCGCAUUCCGCUUUCUGCUCUCUCCUGCGAGAUUCGCUCUCCUCUUUCUAUUAUCGCGACUUUCUUGCUCUCAUAAAUCACUUUAAGGCUUAACAGUCCCAACUUAAUUUUUAAUAAAAUUUUAAUUUAAAUUACUAAAUUUAAGAUAAUAAUUGUUAAUUAUAUUAACUACAAUGACCAACGUACUCAGCAACCGCACAAAGAAAACAGCUACAACACUCAACUCAUUGUUGGCACAAUCAAUGCCAGCUUUACCAGAACAACAAGACAACAUAAAUGAACUUGCAGAAAUUAAAUCAACAUUAGUUGUUCUUCGAGGUCACCUCGAAGAACUCGAAGAUGUUAUGGCAGCAAUGAAUAAGAUAGAAGAGGAAGGGCUUCUGUCCUUUCUCACGCAACGGAGAUAGAUAAAGUUCGUGUGUCUAGAAUCUACGAUAAAGACCAAGAAGAUUAUCAGUGUGAAGUUAUUAUGACUAAAGCCUUGGAGGCAAGAAGAUGUUUAAUGGGGCUUAUAGGUAAAUUUACAGCAAGAGAAGUCGUAUUAGAAUCAACAUGUAAGGGGAGUAAUUCCACAUCAAUUUUGAAUCGAAGCAUGAACCAAACGUACCAAACACUGAAUCAAACUGUGCAACCAGUCUCUCUUC